GAGUAGGACCAAGUCCGAAACCAGGAUGGCACGGCCCAGCAUGGUGCGAGCCAUCGGGGCAGAAGCUCUUGUGGUGCUGCUGGAGGGCGGGUUGGACCGGGUGGUUCUGAUCGACAGCCGCCCCUUUGUGGACUACAACACGUCCCACAUCCUGGAAGCGGUGAAUGUGAACUGCUCCAAGCUGAUGAAGAGGAGGCUGCAGCAGGACAAAGUCCAGAUCGCUGAGCUGCUGCAGCACUCUGCUAAGAAAAAGUUGGAGCUGCAGGCCGGUCAGGAGGUGGUUGUCUACGAUCAGAACUCUUCGGACCUGGCUGCUCUUGUCACUGACUCGUUCCUCAGUGUUCUGCUGGUAAAGCUGGAGAGGAGCUUCCCCUCUGUGCACCUCCUCUCAGGAGGGUUCUCUGAGUUCUCCCAGCUGUUUCCGGGUCUCUGUGAGGGGAAGUCCGCUCUGGUUCCAUCCUGCAUCUCUCAGCCCUGCCUCACUGUCACCAACGUUGGUCCGACUCGGAUCCUUCCACACUUGUACCUGGGCUGCCAAAGAGAUGUCCUCAACAAGGAGCUGAUGCAGCAGAACGACAUUGUCUACGUCCUGAAUGCCAGCAACACCUGUCCCAAACCGGACUUUAUCCCAGAUUCCCACUUCCUGAGAGUUCCUGUCAACGACUCGUUCUGCGAGAAGAUCCUUCCCUGGCUGGACCGAUCCGUGGAGUUCAUUGAGAAGGCCAAAGCCUCAAACGCUCGGGUCCUGGUUCACUGCCUGGCAGGAAUCUCACGUUCCGCCACCAUCGCCAUUGCCUACAUCAUGAAGAGGAUGGACAUGUCUCUGGAUGAGGCGUACAGGUUCGUGAAGGAGAAGAGGCCGACCAUCUCUCCGAACUUUAACUUCCUGGGUCAGCUGCUGGACUUUGAGAAGAACAUAAAAAGCCCCGAUGGUAUCGAGAGUAGACAGAAGGCGCCCGGCGCCGAGCCACCAGCUGAUCCGGAGGAGGUGGAGCCACCAAUGGAGCCCCUCAUGCUGCCCUGCGUUCUGGCCGACGCUCCUGAGCAGCUGGCUGAGGUUCUGAGCAGUGUGCAGCUCGCCGACAGCCCAGAGGACAGCGCCCGACUUAAGCGCUCCUUUUCUCUGGACAUCAAGUCGUUCGGCGAGCCGAGCGGGAGCUCCGCCCACCGAGCGUUUGGCCCUCACGGUGGAUUGGGGGAUGACUUCUACAAAACUGCGUCCUUCAAAGAGACGAGCAGCAAAGCAUGCCAGUUCUCUCCGGUGCAGGAAGUGUCAGAACAGUCGACUCCAGAGCGGAGCCCGGAUAAGGAGGAGGCGAACGGGUCGGAGCGAGCGGCGCCACCGGCCUCUAGCCUUGCCCCCAAACCUCGAGCCACCACUCCAAACUGUCUGCAGCACCUGCAGCGCAGCGGCAGCAUGGAGGAGAACACCACCAGCUUCCUGUUGGGCCUCUCGCACAGCCAGCAGCAGCUGGCCCAACCCGGUUCUGGCUCCACCCUGAAAGGCUGGCAUUCAGACAUCCUGCUGGGGCCCAUCACAGUCUCCGCCUCCUCGCUGACGGGCGGCUGGUUCCUUUCCUCUGAAACCACACGGUUCUACUCCUCCUCCUCCAUCCUGAGCAGCGCCGGCAGCAGCUUCGCCCCGUACAGCUGCAGCCACGGCCUGGAUGCGGUCCAGCGCCGCAGCCGGCAGCGGGCCGGAGACCGCGGCGACUCCAGGAGGAGCUGGCAUGAAGAGAGCAGCUUCGAGAAGCAGCUGAAGAGGCGGAGCUGCCAGAUGGAGUUCGGAGACGGAAUGACAGACAGCAGAUCCAGGGAGGAAAUGAGGAGGGUGGCGAGCCAGUCCGGGUUUUCCAGCAGCAUGGAGGUGAUCCAGGUGUCCUGAGGUUCAGCGCCGGCGUGACAUCACAGACGGGGCUCCGCCCACAUCAGAACUGAUGUUUGGUACCCGUAACGUGGCCUGAAGAAGCCUUCAACACAUGAGAGGAGAGCCAUCAACUGAUGGUCCGGCAGAAAGCCCGAUAUUUCUCUCAGAACAUCAGGACUUACUGGCCUAGCGGAGAAUCAGCAGAACCUUCUGCAGGACGGAUAAAACUCAGUGAUCAGGAAUAGAUUAACUUAUAAGGACAGUUGUGAUUCUGAACUGAGCAGAACCACAGAGGACUGACCCAAACAGAACCAAAUGGACUGACUGAUUCUGAUAGAAUAUUCACAAUAAGUCCAGUGAUUGUUAGUUACCUCUUCUUUUUUUUUUUUACCAGCAGGUAGCAGGUUCUGGUUCUGGUGCAGAGAUAGGUCUGUCUCUAUCGAUCUGCUCUACAGCUGCUGACUUUUGCUCUGAUGAACUGGAUCGAAACCAGAAGAUUUUUGCCGAUGAAGCUUUUAAUUUAAUGGCUUUUGGAUGUUCUGAAUGAAAAGGAGAAGUUCGGUGUUCUGAUCUGAAUCAUGUUUCUGGACCUGGACAGGCAGAAACGUCAUUUAAAGCUAUUGGACCACCCAAUAUUUGGACCAAUUUCUGGUUCUUUGGACAAAAUGAGACUGAUUAUCUAAAACAUCUGAUUGGUUGAUUGAAUUUACUGAUUGAUUCACUGAUUGGUUGAGCUGCAGGUGUAAAGAGUUCUGAUAUGUGUUCUAGUUUGUAAAGGAGACCCAGAGUGUCUGAAUGGUUCUGAUUGAUCUAACUGGACCAGUCUCCCAAGUUUAAAGCUCACCUGUCUGAGGAUCAGCAGGUCAUGUGACCUCCACUCGCAGGUAACGUUGCACUACUUUUGGAUGGAAUAACAGAGCAGUGAAAAAUAAACAGAAACUCACCUGAAGUCAUAUGACCUCAGGUGAGUCUCCAGUA